AUGUGGGAUAAUCCACAGAAUCUUCUCGCAAAGAUCGCUUACAAAUAUGCGCGCGGCAUUCCCUCGCCUGCACUUAUCAAGGCCUACGGCCACUGGGGUGAGGGGAAGGUCGGUCUCCUCCUGACCGGGAAUGUUAUGAUAGAACCCGAUCAGCUUCAGGCUGCGGGCAAUCUGGUCAUUCCAUGUGCCGCUCCAUUUUCUGGCGAGCGGUUUGACCGUUUUCAUGAGCUUGCAUCGGUCGCAAAGGCUCAUGGUUCGCUCAUUAUGGCCCAGGUAUCGCACCCGGGCCGCCAGUCACCGGAACAUCUCCAGCCAUGUCCAAUCAGUGCCAGUGAUGUUCCCCUGUUGGGAUUCAUUAACGAGGCGACAUAUGCGAGGCCCCGGGCCGCGACAAAGGAGGACAUUGCUUAUGUUGUGGAAAGCUUCGCCCAUGCUGCCGAGUACCUCGAUAAAGCAGGAUUUGACGGUAUCCAGUUGCACGGUGCCCACGGUUAUCUCCUUAGCCAGUUUCUAUCCCCGACCACAAACCAGCGAACGGAUGAAUACGGAGGAAACCUAGAGAACCGCAUGCGAUUAGUCCUGGAAAUCAGGAACGAAAUUGCUCGGCGACCGGAUGAUGCCAAGGAGCUGUGCGGUGCGCUGGAGGAGAACCGAUUCGACUUCGUGGAGCUCUCGGGGGGAGGUACGAGAACUGGCCCCUCGGUACGAAACGAGAGUCAACCAUUAAACGUGAAGCGGUAUGGGCUUGAACUCUGGAUUUACGUCAUGCUUGCGCUAACUAGUUUGCAGUUCUUCCUUGAAUUUGCUAAGCUCAUUGUUCCGACCUUGUCGCAGACCAAAUCAUAUGUCACAGGCGGUUCAAAGACGGUCGAGGGCAUUGUCAACGCCCUCGAGACAGUUGACGGUGUGGGGCUCGGCCGCGCCCUGUGCCAGGAGCCCCGAUUAUGCUCUGAUAUCCUCAUCGGUAUGGUUACAGGAGCGAUUCAACAGAAACUUAAUAUGUCAGACUUCGGUCUCACGGUCGUCGCUGCUGGCGUACACAUUAGACAAAUGGGGCACGACUUGCAACCAAUCAACCUCGGGUUGCAGCAAGAUGUGGAGGCUUUCUCUCGUGCAUUGGCUCAAUGGGCCGAGGAGCGCAGGAAUGACCAGGAAGGAAAAGUGUAUCAGUUUUUUGCCUUGCCAGGAUAUGGUGACCCAUAUACUACUACAAUUGCUUAG